AUGGGAAUCAACAACCCCCUCCCAUCUUCUCUGAAAUGUAAGUGCCAAACUCAUCUUCUUGUUUCAAUACGCGGCUGGGCCGGCAUGCCGGAACAUCGGACCAUGUUGCUGAUCAUCGUGGCCAUCUUUCAAACCAUAGCGGAGUGUAGGAAGUGCGGAAAGAUCCUGACUUCAUUUGUCAACCCGCGACAAGCCUUUGGUCCCGAUAAAGUUAUUCCGCCGUCAGUUCUGUCCAACGCGAAAGGCUUCGCCAUCAUCACUAUUCUGAAGGCUGGUUUCCUUGGAUCCGGCCGUCUUGGUAGUGGUCUUGUCGUUGCCCGUCUUUCCGACGGAUCAUGGAGUGCCCCCAGUGCUAUUGCAGCGGCUGGAGGUGGCUUCGGAGGCCAAAUCGGUUUCGAACUGACCGACUUUGUCUUCGUGCUCAAUGACACGAACGCCGUCAAGACGUUCGCCCAGAUGGGCUCCAUCACAUUGGGCGGAAAUGUAUCUCUCGCCGCGGGUCCUGUAGGCCGCAAUGCCGAAGCUGCUGGUGCCGCGUCUCUCAAGAGUGUGGGAGGUAUCUUUAGCUACUCCAAGACCAAGGGCCUAUUCGCUGGCGUCUCGCUCGAAGGCAUGGCCAUCAUUGAGCGCCGCGACGCAAAUGAGAAACUCUACGGGAAAAGAUUUACGGCCCAGCAGCUCCUCAGCGGCGCCGUUCCUCCCCCACCCGCGGCCGACUCCCUCAUGUCCGUUUUGAAUUCUAGAGUGUUUAGCGGCAUGCGAGCCGGCACAACGACCGAUGACGCCAUGUACAACGACAUGCCCGUAUACGAUGAGAGCCAUGACGACGUGGUAUGGGAGGGUCGCAGAGGAGACGCAUACGGUCAGGGAGUCCAGCGAGAUCGCACAGGAUCCGGAGCUGGACAAGGUGAAUUCGGCAGGCCCAAUCGAUCCAGCACGUGGAAGGACGACGUAUACGACCGACAAGACGCCAACCCGCCGUCACGAUCGAAUACGUUCGCAUCGGGCCGAGCAUACGGCGAUUCAAAUAGUGGAGCGAACGAGAAGAAGACGGGUCCAGGCAGGCCUACGGCCCCGAAGCCCAAGUUUGGUGCCGACAAACAAGCUCCGUUGAGACAGAACGAAGCUAUUGCAUUGUUCAACUUUGAAGCAGAUCAACCCGGAGACUUGGGAUUCAAGAAGGGCGAAAUAAUCACCGUGUUGAAGAAGACUGAUAGCGACAACGACUGGUGGACUGGUAUGAUUGGAACGAGGCAUGGCAUAUUCCCCAGCAACUAUGUCAGGAUGAAGUGA